GGAGACGACUGGCCCGCUCUUGGAAGCAAAUCGAGAUCAUAUUCUAACCUGGACGCGCAGACAUGGUCGUCGGCUGCCGAUCGUUCCUCAAACCAGAACGUCACCAAGCCCAAGUUCGGCCGUGAUGUCACGUGGUGUAAAGUGUGCAGCAAGUUCACAUACAACGACCUUCUUGAGAAGUGCGACUAUACAUGCAUAUUCUGCGGCAACUUCCUCAAAAGUCGUGGUGCUGGGUCGCCUCGAGGUGCUGGAGGUCAGACCAGUCAGGUGGACAUCUCUGCUUCGCUGGGCCUCAUCAUUGCGAAGGGAGGCGCAGCGGCGGAGCAGGCGAAGCUCUUGCAGUCCACUCUGGCACAGGCUUCGCAGAAAGUGGAGCGAGCUGAUGGCGCUCUGGAAAAGGUGGCGGCAAUAGUUAUCAGACUCGAGCGGGGGCUGGCCUCUGCCAUGGGCCAGUGCGAGGAGCAG